AAGGCAAUGAGUUCGUAGUCAGUUAUAUUAGCAGGAGUCGAAUGUUGUUUAGAAAAAAGUAAGGAAAAUUAAGAAGUGGUACUUACAGAACAAUAAAGGCCACGCGUAACCUGUAGGACAUGUAGGGAGAGAGGCAAAGACGUGGGGUGCGGGCGGGCGAGGGCGAGGGCGGGAGGUCCAGUACAGCCAUACGCUUCAGCCUUCAGUCCUCCACCCGAGAGCGCCGCUUCCGCCCGCGCGCACCGCCCUUCCCUGCCUCAAAGUUUCCGCUGAACGAGUUUUAACAUAAAAUGUGAUUUGAACGAGUUUUAACAUAAAAUGUGAUUUCGUUAAGAACAACUAAAAUGGUGGGUGGCAAAAUGUUUUUGAAACUUUUUUGUGCGGUUUUAGUGACUUUUAAUCUGAAUUACUACAACAACUCCGUUCAUGGGCAAACAAGAACUGAUAAGAUUGGAAUCGGUGUUGUGUUCGAUCAGAAUACAGAAGAAAUUCAAAAUGCCUUUAAAUUUGCUAUGAUGCAGCAUACAAGUUUGAAUACCAGCCGCCGCUUGGACUUCCAGGCUUAUGUCGACAUAAUCAACACUGCUGACGCAUUCAAACUCUCCAGACUCAUUUGUAACCAAUUCGCACGCGGCGUGUGGUCAAUGCUCGGGGCAGUGUCCCCGGACUCGUUUGAUACUCUGCACUCCUAUACUAACACCUUUCAGAUGCCUUUCGUCACCCCAUGGUUCCCUGAAAAGGUGAAGCCCCCGUCAUCAGGUUUGAUCGAUCACGCUGUCAGUCUACGACCAGACUACCAUAAGGGUGUUAUCGACACGAUCACUUACUACGGCUGGAAAACUGUUAUCUACAUGUAUGAUUCCCAUGACGGUCUGCUACGUCUACAGCAGCUGUACGCGAGCAUGCAGCCAGGCAACGCCACAUUCCGUAUAUCGCAUGUGAAACGUGUUGGCAAUGCCUCAGACGCGGUGCAGUACCUAUGUUCCCUGGAGCGGUUGGACAGAUGGAGCAAUAAGUACGUCGUGCUAGACUCCAAUACACGGCUGGCUAAGGACGUGAUAAUUUCGCACGUACGUGACGUGCAACUGGGGCGUAGGAAUUACCAUUACUUCCUCAGUGGCUUGGUCAUGGAUGAUCACUGGGAAAGAGAAAUUAACGAAUUUGGAGCCAUUAAUGUUACUGGAUUUCGCGUUCUAGAUUUUUCUAGAAAAUUUGUUCGUGAUUUUAUUGAUGUAUGGAAAAGAGAAUAUCAUAGCCAAACUAUCUCGGCUCAAGCGGCGCUGAUGUACGAUGGAGUCCAGGUCCUGAUAGACACGUUCGGAAGGUUGCAGAGGAAAAAGCCGGACAUUUUCCGAGGCUCCUCCCGUCGUGCUACGCUAGGAAAUUACAGUAAAGUUAUUGAUUGCAAUCCUGUGAAAGGGAAAGUCAGUCCUUUCGAGCAUGGUGACAAGAUUUACAGGCUCAUCAAAAAGACGGAGAUUGAGGGACUAAGUGGCAUGAUCAGGUUUACUGAUGACGGUCAUCGAAACAACUUUUCCCUUCAAGUAGUCGAAAUGACUGUAGAUGGACACAUGGAACAAGUUGCGAUAUGGCAUGACUACAAAGGCCUAAUACCAGUGGUUCCCAAACUCCAUAGCCAGUAUCUGAACGGCGUGUACGACAGAAAUAGAACGUUUAUUAUUUCCACGAUACUUGAAGCACCCUACCUUCAACUAAGAGUCCCUGGUAGUACGGAGGUUAAAUCAAACUCCGGCUACAAAGGGUUUUGUAAAGACCUCGCGGAUAUGAUCUCACAAAAGCUGGAAAUAAAAUAUGAGUUGCGAUUGGUCAAGAUUGGUAAAUACGGUAAAGAGGACCCUACUAUUGUGGGUGGAUGGGAUGGCAUUAUAGGUGAAAUCGUUCGCAAGGAAGCAGAUAUGGCUAUAGCUCCGCUGACAAUAACUUUGGAAAGGGAAAUGGUAGUGGAUUUCAGUAAGCCUUUCCUGUCAUUAGAUCUUAACAGUAAUAGAUCAAAGAAGAAAAUGAGUACUGUCUUUAGUUUCCUAAAACCUCUAUCAAAGGAACUUUGGAUCUGCAUAUUAUUUAGCCAUUUUGCAGUAAGCAUGGUUUUGUUCUUGGUAUCAAAAUUUUCGCCAUUGGAAUGGCGUCUGUUAUCGUUUACCGACAUUCAACAAUCAAAUCACAAUCAUGAAGUUCAAACCUCACAGUCAACUGUUGUGAAUGAAUUCAGUUUUUGGAAUUCCAUGUGGUUUUCUUUGGGAUCUUUUUUGCAACAAGGAAGUGAUUUAGUGCCCAGGUCCGUAUCGGGAAGGAUUGUCAGCACAGUAUGGUGGUUCUUUACUCUGAUAGUAAUUUCAUUCUAUACUGCAAAUUUGGCCUCACACUUGACCAUAAAUCGCAUAAAUGAUCCUUUCUUCAAUAUGGGCAUCCUGACCGCUUGCUCUUUGGAUUUAUCUGCAGGUGUGACAGGGAUUCCUCUUGAUGGCCCACUUGAUGAACCGACCUGGUUCUCUAAAGUUUUUUACAGUACCUCCACAACCGAACAUUGCGAAAUGGCCGUAUCUCUUUCUAAGGAUGGAUUCAAGGAAUUCGCCGUGGCUUUCCCAAAAAAAUCCCCUCUCAGGGAGGGAGUGAACUUGGCCUUGCAAGCGUUGAAAGAUGAUGGUGAUUUGCAAAAGCUUAUUCAAAAAUGGUUUUCUCGCUCUGAUUGUCAAUCUGGAGAUCAGGGUUCCCAUGGAACUGAAUUGACGCUUGACGAGGUGGCUGGAAUAUUCUACGUUUUGAUUGCUGGACUGGCUCUUGCCCUCGGCGUUGCCCUGCUUGAAUUCUGCCAACAUGGACGCUCGGCGGCCCUGCGCGCUAAUGUGCCACUGCGCACGGCUCUACGCGCCAAGCCCCACCUGAACUCUGGCGCUGAAAGGAAAUCCCCUCCAGAGGAAACCCCCACAAGUGAAGGCGAACGACUUGGAUGGAACGGAGGCGCUGCUUAUGCCGAAUUUUACAUGCCGGCUAACCAGAAUGGUCACGAGGAGACUGCUCUGCAUGGGAGCUUCGCGCAAGUCUGAUCCUCGGCGUCGGUCCGGGACGCGGCUCGGCGCCGCCGGCCUCCCCAACCGCUCCGGGACCAGGACAGCCUCGAACUGUACCAUCUGUAAGCAGCUGACCGAACCCACUGUAAACAACAGUAGCCUGUACCACCUGUGAAGAAAACUUGCUUUUAGGGGUGACACUAGCUUAACGAAAACUAAGUUUCGGAGCACUGACCCGCUAACCAUGACUCUAUUUGGGCCCAUUUAGCGUAGGUACCAAUACUAGAUUGAGUGACAGCUCGACUUCAUUUUCGUGAAGCUUAAGUGAUCCUAUACUAUAAAUAUGUAAACUUUUCAAUAUUUUUACACUUUUACAACAUAGACGUCAACGAAAAAGAUUCAGUUUUCUAUCUUUUGUCAAGUGCCAGAAAUUUCCUUUACAUAAUAAUUUAAGUUUCAUGUUAGUUUCUGCUAUUUCCGAAAACUGAAACUAUAAUCGUUUAUGCAAACCAUCAAAACCUGUACUAGGCACACUGUAAACAUUUUGCUACGCGCUACAUGUUUAGGCUACUGGCGACUUAUGGCAUCCUCAACGGACUUCGAUUUUGCCAAUUAAAGGAGUGAUGUAGAAAAGACUUUCAUAGAAUGGGCUGUGUAAUUAUGUAUUAUCAAAUUUACACCGGUAUGUCGUUUGAAGCAGGGUAGUUGGUAAGUAAUUAGUAUAUCUGUAUAGUAGGUAUCUGUGUGCUAAUUUUUACCUAUAUGUUGAUUCGUGUUGCUCAUACCUGAUUAAUAGUGUUAUUAUUUUUGAAAACUGUGCCAAAUUAUGUUAAUGUUAGAUUUUUGAACUAUUGAAUAAAAUUAAUAGUAGGUAUUACAAAACAUAAUAUUAAUGAUUAUUGCCAUAAUAUGAUAUUAUAACAAUUAGUAUAAAAUGGUUGAAAUUAAGUAUUAUAAUACAAUCUCCAUCUAAAUGUACCGUACCGUUCACUACGGUAACUUUUAAUUUAAAAGAAAACUAAUAAUAUUUAGAACAUUUUAAUCGUAACAAUUAUCGUGAAAUACGUAUAAAAUAGAAGUAAUAUAAGUAUGUACUUAAAAUACACAUGUAUGUAUUUAUCUUGUCUUGAGUAGAUAAGAUCAGGGUCUUAAUGUCUAAUCGUCUACGUACCUAGAUAAGUAAAAUUUACUAAAACUAAACCUUUGGGGAGAGAACAAAAUAAUCCGAAAAGUUAUUUUGUUCGAAUGAAAAAAAAGUUAAAUUGUAUGAAUGAAUACUGAGUUUGCGUAGUAUUAAUAUGUACUUAUACUUAAGAAACCUAUCAGGAUUUUUAAGAUUUAUAAACACAAUUAUUUGUACCUACUGUUACCUAACAAAUCGAAUGUGCUGGAGGGCGGAUGUUACGAGAAUGGAGUAUGGUCGCGUAUGGUAUGUAAUGUUUGUAGUUAGGAUAUACGUACAAUAAAAACAGUGGACUGAUUCAUAACAUUGAAAAGUAGGUACUUAUACCUAAUAUAAUCAAAUAAUGCGUGUUAAAAAUUAAACCAAUACGUCACAUUGUUUUAUUUAAAUACUCAUUUCUAUUUAGAUAAUUUUAUUAAAAUAUAUUGUACCUACCUAUAUUUUUUUAGUUAAAGGUCAUGGACAUAUUUUGUUAAACAUAUGUUUAAAGUUAGACGUUGGCCGACACUGCACGCGAGAAUUUGCUCAUCUCUCGUAACACAUUUGGUGAAUUAGAAUCCUAAAUCCUAUCCACACAAAAGCGGGUCAGACCGCGACUGCUUUCUUCGACGAAAUGAAGGACUCGGAACACUGACCGCUAGACCGCGUGCAGUGGGGACGACGCCUAAAGAUUACCAUGUGUUACAGGACCGGUGUUGUGCUAGACUAAACCUGAUAUAGACCUUCAUAUACUCGCGCCAAUUUGUAUAAUACCCUUACUCGCGCAUGGUGUCACAGACCGAUAGCUUGUACUCUUACAACAUACUUUUUUUACUCAGAGGUUUAAAAACGAUUACUAUUUAGUAUAAAUAAUACUUAAUUUAUUGAUUAUUUUAGUGUUCUAUACAUAUCAGUCUUCGAAUUAGAGAUUUUUUUCUGAAAUGUUAAGCAAGUUAAAAACUAAACGCGUUUUUUUAAAUAAAAGAAACUUCUGAACAAUAACAGUUAACAUAUCAAAGGACAUAUUUACCUAUGUUCGCUAUUGUUUUGUGUCUCAUAAGCAUAAUCAAGGCAUACCUACGGAUAUUGCGUAUUCCAUACAAAAGUAAAUUUACACCUAUACUCGCGUCUAUCUCAUUGACCGAUUGGCGCCAAAAGCUACCAGUGGCUACAACAUCUGAGUAUCGCCCAAAGUGCGGCUUGUAUACCUACUAACUAAAAUAAGGUCAGUCACAAAUCCGACAGCUAGCAAAAAACCGGACUUCUUAGGAUUUACCCUUGCAUACAAAUAAUUAAGUUGUACGAAAAUAUAUUUCAUCGGUCUCAUAAUGCGAUAGUACGGUCAUGUGCAGAGAAACCUGACCCCUGUCUCAUAGUAACCAUGCCUCUGAGAGGGGCAUAUUUAUCUGCCUUACACUGUACUUAUAGGAAGGUUAAUAUUUUUUUUUACCAGAAAGUCGGUGAUACAAUUUCGUUUUCUUGUUCUCGAUUAUUGUUUUAAUUAGUAAUAAUUAUAUUUGUAUAUUUUAAUACUUUGUAUUGUAAGUAAAAUGGCGUAAUCUUGUAUAGGAGGCCGAGACUCAUUUUGGAUCGCUGAGCCAGCGGAGUAAGUAAGUAGGUAAAAUGAAUGCAGAAUGUUCGGAUUGUCGUCCAUUAUACAUAAAAAGUAGGCAGAUAGAAAAGAGCUUCAAACCAUCUAAAGAGCUGACUUUAUAGUCAUAAUAUUAUUAAUAAUAGAUGUAUGUAAUGUUGUCAUCAUGAAAUCACUUGUUAGUAUAAAUUCGUUAUUCUAAAAUGGUGUAUGAAUUAACAUAUUUACAAAAUGAUUACAAGUAACUUCCUAUAUUCAACUGAAAAUAUAACUGUGUUUUCGUUUAGUACAUAAUGAUAAACCUAAUUAUAAUUAAGAGUUAUCACAGUAAUAGUAAAUCUGAUGUUCUUUGUAACGAGAAAAUAAACGUAUUAAAUACAAUUUGUCGUUUAUUUCACCAGGGAUGUAUGCGCCACUAGUCUAGUAUCAACACAGUUGAAGUUAUGAGCGAUAUUAGAAGUACUUACAAGGUUUUAUACAUCUAAGAAUUAUACAUAUAUCGUUACGCUAUUAUCAUGAUUUCUUUUUAACAAAUCUAUAGACUUCGGUCUAUUCCACGACGUUUGAUAUGGGCAUUAUAUGGGGGACGUUUCGAGUUGACAGUUUUAGUUUUAGGUGUGUACAACCUUUCGAUUUUGGUAGGGAUAUCACCACUAAUUAUUUAAAUGUUAGUAAUUUCGGAAAUAAAUACAAAAUAACAAUAAUCUCUUAGAUAUAGAGAAAUAUCGAGUUUAA